AUGUCCAGCGUAUCCGGCGCGUCCGCGGACUUCGACUUCUGGGAGUUCGUCAACUGCGGUGUGUGCCAUCUGGAAUUCGUCAAGGAAUCUGGGGCACUGUCCUCGAUGCCCUUUUGGCUCUCUGAGUGCGGUCAUGUCAUCUGCAAUGCCCAUCUCAAUGCAGAUCAAAGCUGUGCCGCCUGUGGGAGUCCCGGGAUCCAGCUUCUGCCUUUGCAAAGAGAGAUGGAACCGCCGAUGUCAAAUUGGUUCAACUCGGUUCCAAAUGCGUUCGACACGGUCGCCUACGCUCUCAGGUUUCAGAUGAGCAACAUGGCUACCCUUGUUCGCUAUUUCAAGAAGAAAUACCAGCAAUACCGCCCGUUGUACGAACGCCUCAAAGAGGAACACGUAGAGACCAAACGUCUCAGGAAGCUGGUUGAUGAUUUGCAACAGGAGAACCUGCAACUAAGGCAACGUUUGCAGAUGGGUGGCAGCGACCAUGCGGAUGUACUUAACAACAACCGCAAACGAAUGCGAGUGGACGAUGACGGGUACUUGAGCGGACAGCGGUCUUCUAGUCCGCGCUCGGCGGCCACUCCUGUUGCGCCGGACCGAUUGACGCUUCCUCCGGGACAUCAUCAGCCGCAGUUUAACUCUCGUCUAUCUCUUCAAGUACCGGAGUCCACGCCGGCGACUAAACAAAGUCUAGAGUAA